AGAGCCGCUGCAAGAGAACCCUCUUUUUCUUUGAGCGUUAAGUUGGUUCCGCCGCACGUGCGGUUUUUGUUGCCGUAUGGCGUCCGCCUCGGCCCAGCCCGCGGCCCUGAGCGCCGAACAGGCCAAGGUGGUCCUGGCCGAGGUAAUCCAGGCGUUCUCGGCCCCAGAGAACGCCGUGCGCAUGGACGAGGCUCGGGACAACGCGUGCAACGACAUGGGCAAGAUGCUGCAAUUCGUGCUGCCCGUGGCCACGCAGAUUCAGCAGGAGGUUAUCAAAGCCUAUGGUUUCAGCUGCGACGGGGAAGGUGUCCUCAAGUUUGCCCGCUUGGUCAAGUCGUAUGAAGCCCAGGAUCCUGAGAUUGCCAGCCUGUCAGGCAAGCUGAAGGCACUGUUCCUGCCCCCUAUGACACUGCCACCCCACGGGCCUGCUGCAGGUGGCAGCGUGGCCGCCUCCUGAGGGUUGGCUCUCCCCUGUGACACUGCCUGGGAAGGGAAGAUGUUGGUGUUCCAGAGGAUAAUAAACCUGCCUGUGACUUAG